AUGGCUUGCCCAAUUCGCACUUACCCUCUGCGACAGCCCAAGAACCAUAAGCCUCCGAUCCCACGAUGGCAACUGGUCCUGCCAAAAGGCGUCAACCGACUCUUCACGGCGUACAUUGGCGUUCAACCACACUCUACUAAGUUGGUUGGUAGCAAUGGUGUUGACGAGGCAGUCAAUGCCAUCCGAACUUGGAUUGAUGGCGAUGCCGAACGUCCACUGGCUCAUGAACGUUUCAAUCACCUUGAUGGGGACGACACGCAGGAUACCAACAUCUGGGUUUGUUACUGGGAUGAUGAAACCAAAGGCAAGCGCAGUCUGCAACGGCUUGGGCUUUCUUCCAUCCACUCCCGACUACCUGUUGAUGACAAACACCAAAUCGGGUUGUGGACCGAGAGCUUCCUGACGCCGAUCUCCCGGCUGGAAACAAACUACUCUGGCCUCGAUUAUCUCCCCGGUCUGGCAAAACUUCCGGAAACGAGCACGGCAGAGCACGAACUGUCCGCAUAUUGGGGAGCUGCGAGAGACCGUAUACCCGACUCGGCCCACGACCUCUUCGAGAAAGACGACGCAGCCCAGAGCACUCGCCCUAAGAUCGCACCAAAGGGACUCGGCCAGCAUUUGGUCGGUCAAAACUACAAUAACAUGGUUCAUAUCCGCUCAGGACAAUUUUGGGAAAACUGCGGCCCCGAAGAGACAGAGUCUUACGAAGAGAACCUCGAACCAACACUGCGGAACGGCUUGGCCUACCUCUGGGAGAACCGGGAGGAAGGCGGGGCUAUGGGACUGAGAUACAUUGGCAACCGAGACGAUUCCGGGAAAACGAAGAAAGAAACAUGCGGCGCUGGGUUUUUCACGGACCUACAUACCUUGGAGGAGUGGGCUAAGAGACACCGGUCUCAUCUCGCGAUCUAUCUUGGAGCCAUCAAGCAUGCAAAGAGAUUCGGGAACGACAGGAAGUUCCGAACGUGGCAUGAGGUAUCGGUGCUCAAGGCAGGCGAGGCAUCUUUCGAGUAUAUCAACUGUUUGCCCAAGACUGGUGUUAUUCGAUUCGUUCCCUUGGAAGUUGGGCAAUCUUGA